CUUCCUAGAAGCGACACCGGUGUACAGUCAGCAGCAGUCCGGCUAGAUUUGCUGCUAGCCACAGUGGAUCAGCUGUUAUUUCACGGCAUGUUCGUAUAGAUGACCGUUUCUCCUGCUCGUAAGCUCAGCUAAAGAUGUGCCGCUGAAGAAUGCGAUAGAUAAUACGUCUGCAGUGAGUUUCGGAGACUCUCUUGUCAUCAAGGUUGCCGCCAUGGAGAAGCCAUGGAGGUUAUGGGCGGCACUUGAGGCGUGUUUGCUGACCGUGUGCGCGUGGUCAUGGGGAAUCUGCCGCGUCUCCCUGCUAGCCCUGAUUCUGACCUUCCACCUGUACGGAGGCUUCAUACUGCUGGGACUCAUCCUGGUCUCUGUGGCCGCCAUCCUGUACAAGUUCCAGGACGUGCUGCUCUACUUCCCCGACCAGCCCUCGUCCUCGCGUCUUUAUGUUCCCAUGCCGACGGGAAUCCCACACGAGAACGUGUUUGUCCGCACCAAAGAUGGUGUACGGCUCAAUCUCAUCCUGCUCCGUUACACGGGCGAAAACCCUGCCACCGCUCCCACCAUUUUAUAUUUCCACGGCAAUGCGGGGAACAUCGGCCAUCGUGUGCCGAACGCACUGCUCAUGCUGGUGAACCUGAAGGCCAAUGUGGUUCUGUUGGACUACAGAGGCUAUGGAAAGAGCGAAGGAGAACCUUGCGAAGAGGGACUGUACAAGGACGCAGAGGCUACCUUGGAUUACAUCAUGACCCGGCCGGACAUCGACAAGACCAAGGUGGUCCUGUUCGGCCGCUCGUUGGGUGGCGCGGUGGCCAUCCGCCUGGCGUCGGGAAACCCGCAUCGAGUGGCCGCCAUCAUGGUGGAGAACACUUUCCUGAGCAUCCCGCACAUGGCGGCCACGCUGUUCUCUUUCUUCCCCAUGCGUUACUUGCCACUUUGGUGCUACAAGAACAAGUUUCUGUCCUAUAGACACGUGGCUCUCUGCCGUAUGCCAUCUCUCUUUAUCUCGGGCUUAUCAGACCAACUCAUCCCCCCAGUGAUGAUGAAACAGCUGUACGAGCUGUCCCCGUCUCGGACUAAACGCCUCGGUAUCUUUCCCGAGGGUACGCACAACGACACCUGGCAGUGCCAGGGUUAUUUUGCCGCCCUGGAGCAGUUUAUGAAAGAGCUACUUAAAAGCCAUGCAAGUGAAGAGACGGCCCAGGGGACAUCCAACGUCACCAUAAUCUAGAACAGUCACUACUGUUGACUGCUCUAUAAAUCUGGACCCGCUCAAAAAGAAUGUACAAAUUUUUUUUUCUCCCCAACUUCCUAAGCUCUUUCUUUCCAUUGAUCACACACCAAUAAUUCAUUCAUUAUUUACAAUAUCAUUUAUUCAGUAGUGAAGGCUACAUUUCUUUAAAGCCUUUUGUCAGUUUUUAUAUUAAGUUUAAAUGCAUCUGUCUCAAAUAAUUGAAUGCCCUCUUAGUCUUUUUUGUUUGUCAUUUUCAAGCAAUUUCCACUUUUAAAGGGUUAGUUCACUUAAUUUCUCACCCUCAUGCCAUUCCAAACCCGUAAGACAUUCUUUCAUCUUCGGAACUGGAAUGAAGAUCUUUUUAAUGAAAUAUGAGAGCUUCCGGUCCCUCCAUUGACAGUCUAUGCAAGCAACUACCGCUUUCAAGCCCCAGAAAGGUAAUAAAGACGUCAUUAAGGUAAUCCAUGUGACUCCAGUGGUUUAACCUCAAUUUUACGAAGUGACGCGAGUGCUUUGGUUGCGAAAAAUAAAUAAAUUACCAUUUAAAUUUUAAUCUCCGGCACGCGUUUACGCAUCUUCUACUCUCGCGUCAACACAACACGCAUGCAUUGUGGUGCUCUUGUGAACGCGCUUUGGAGAUUAAUAUUUUGUAAAUAAAGUGGGUGAAAAAAAGUGCGUGAACAAAGCACUUGCGUCACUUCAUAAAAUUGAGGUUAAACCACUGGAGUCACAUGGAUUACUUUAAAGAUGUCUUUACUACCUUUCUAGCGCUUAAAAAUGUUGUUGCAUAGGCUGUGAAUCGCGAGACAGAAAGCACUCAGAUUUCAUUAAAAAAAAUCUUAAUGUGUGUUCUAAAGAUUAACAAAAGUCUUGCAGGUUUGGAACAAAAUGAGGGUGAGUAAUUCAUGACAGAAUUAAAAAUUUUGGGUGAACUAACCCUUAAAAAUUAUACAAUAAGCCCAGCCACCUGCACAUGCAAUUUGAAAAUAGUUACAGUAUGUCUAAUCAAGUAUAGCGGUUUUAAAUUCACGAGUAAAAUAAUGUCUGUGGUUAACAUUGCUUGAGGAAAUGUUCACGUUUGUCUACCACUUAAAAUAUACAUGUAAAAAUCAUAAGUUGGUUACAAAUUUCAA